UCUUAUCUGCGUCUUCUGCUAAUCAAUUACUCGAGUCACGCCCGCCCGGUCCGGAGGUCGCCCGCCGCCGUCCACGCCCGUCAUUUCCGCCGUCCUCCUCGUCGCCACCGGUCAUGAAGGCGCCGCGGAAGAAGAAGCAGCUCAUCCUCGUGGGGGUCUUGUCCGUGUCCCUGGCGACGCUGAUCCUGAUCCUGGGCCUCGGACUGGGCCUGGGACUGGACUCGCAGACUUGCCGAGACCAAGCGGCGCCGCAGACGUCGUGCAGGCAUCGCUGCUACCGGCCGCACGACGGCGACAACCCCGGCUGCGGGUGCGACGCCGCCUGCCGCCUCGGCGACACCUGUUGCCAUGACUACCACGACCUCUGCGAAGCCCCCGGUAGGAGAACGCCGGGUCCCCGCGGAAACGAUCGGCCCGGCAGACGGGUGACGGGUGUGCGUCCAGGUGAACUGUGGGAGUGCACGCGCGUGCGCUGCGGCGAGACGAGGCUGCCGACCAGCAGGUGUCAGUGUUCCGACGACUGCGCCGCCAAUUCCGACUGCUGCAGCAACUACGGGCACGUCUGCCAGGGACAAACGGAGUGGCUGGAGGACGAGUGCGAUGACCUCUCCCGCCCGUCCUGCCCACCGGGCUUCCGGCGGCAGCCGCUGCUUCUGGUGUCUCUGGACGGCAUGAGAGCCGACUACCUGCGCCUGUGGAGCGCGCUCAUCCCGGUCCUCACCAAACUCAAGAAGUGUGGAACGUCAACUUCGUUCAUGCAGGCGGCUUUUCCGAGCAAAACCUUCCCCAACCACUACAGCAUUGUCACGGGUCUGUAUCCCGAGUCCAACGGUUUGAUUGACAAUGUGAUGUACGAUCCGGUGAUCGACGCCAUCUUCACGUUGUCGGGUCCAGAGAAGGAGAACCCAGACUGGUACCUGGGACAGCCGAUUUGGCACACGGCAAAGUACCAGGGGCUGAAGUCCGGAACCUUCUUCUGGCCCGGAUCGGACGUGAAAAUAAACGGCAGCUUCCCAGACAUCCACCGACAAUACAACGGGAAAAUUCCAUUUGAGGAGAGAAUCCUGACAGUGCUGAAGUGGCUCCAGCUGGCGGACCAGCAAAGACCCGACUUCUACACCCUGUACCUGGAGGAACCGGACAAAUCUGGACACAGCUUCGGUCCUGUCAGCGGCGGGGUGGCGCAGGCCGUAAAAGCCGUGGACAAAAUGAUCGGUCAGCUGAUGAACGGACUCAAACAGAUCGGACUUCACCGCUGCGUCAACGUCAUCGUGGUCGCCGAUCACGGCAUGGAGGAGACCAGCUGUGACAGGAAGGAAAACCUGGAGGAGUUUCUGGGGGAUGUCAGCGAUUUCCUGGUCACCGAGGGACCCUUUGGACGCAUCCGGGCCAGGAACAGUAACACACCAUUGGACGCAGCCGGACUUGUUGCCAACAUGACGUGCAAACGUGCGAUGCAGAAGCUGCACCCAUACCUCAAGUGGCAUCUGCCCAAACGUCUUCACUUCGCCAACAGUCGUCGAAUCGAAGACGUCAACGUACUGGUGGAGCCCAAAUGGCUGCUUGAGAGACUCCCGGGCUCGCUGCGGUUCUGCUCCGGCGGCCAACACGGCUACGACAACGACGCGAGGAGCAUGCACGCCAUGUUUGUCGCCCACGGCCCGAAGUUUAAAGCCCGCACGGAAGUCGAACCCUUCGCCAACAUCGAGCUUUACAACCUCAUGUGUGAUGUGCUGCAGAUCUCACCCGCCGCCAACAACGGCACGCAUGGUAGCCUCAACCACAUGCUGCGACAGCCUUUCUAUUCGCCGCUGCCCCCGGCGGAGGAGAGCUCCCCUGCAGAGUGCCGCCUCAGCAGCCUGGAGCCGCAAAACCUCCUGGGCUGCUCCUGUCCCCACAUGAGCGCAGACGCCAUCACGGCCGCCAACCGUCGCCUCAACAUGACGUCCAGCCAAGAGGCGGCGUCGAGGCACAAUCAUCUGCCGUUCGGUCGUCCUCGCUCGCUGCGGCCCGGGGAGCGUUACUGCGUCCUCCACCAGGAGGCGUUUGUGAGCGCCUACAGUAAGGACCUGAAGAUGGCGCUGUGGAGCUCCUUCACAGUGGCUGCGCCGAGCAGCUCUGACCCGCCGGUACCCGUCCAGCCCGACUGUCUGCGGGCCGACGUCAGAAUUCCUCCGGCCGACAGUCGCCCGUGCGACGAGUACGGCGACUUCCACCGCGGCUUCCUGUACCCGCCCGGUCUGAGCCCGAACGAGGACGAGCGACGCGAUGCCCUGCUGAGCAGCCACGUGGCGCCCAUGUACCCCCAGUUUUACAGGAUGUGGGCGUACUUCCACGGCACGCUGCUCAGGAAGUACGCCUCCGUCUACAACGGCGUCAACGUGCUGACCGGCCCCGCCUUCGACUACGACCACGACGGGCGCCACGACCAGCCGGAGCUCAUCACGCGGUGGGCGUCCUCCGCCAACGUGUCCGUCCCCACGCAUUACUUCGCCGUGCUGACCAGCUGCGAAAACGCCAGCCGACCGCCAGGAGAAUGCGACGGACGAACGCGCGCCGUCGCGUUCCUGCUGCCUCACCGAACAGACAACUCCGAGAACUGCAAGAGUACCGAAGACGAAGCUUCUUGGGUGGAGGAUCACGUUUGGUUCCACCAGUCACGUGUGCGAGACGUGGAGUGGAUCGCAGGACUGGACUUGUACCAGGACAGUCACAGACCAAUACCGGAGCUGCUGCAGCUCAAGUCCCGCCCCACAGCUGCCAAUCAAAAACCAUGAAGACAUUUUGCUUUUUUUUUUUUUUUUUAAUAUGUUUUCAACUCAAAUGGCAAUAAAGAUCCAAAAGAUUUGAUGCACAAGCUGACAAAGUCAAAGUGAAGACCUCAGUCCAACAGCAACCUGAAAUAAAAAAACACAAAAUAUUA